GGACGCGGGGCGCCGGCGCCCGGGCCGCCAUGGCGGCGGUGUUCGAUAUUGACCUGGAGACCGAAGAAGGCAGCGAGGGCGACGGCGAGCCGGAGCUCAGCCCUGCGGAUAUGGACCCGGAUUUGAGGACAGCUGCUUGUUUGGAGCCCGUGGGGCACUACGAAGAGGUGGAAUUGUCAGAGACCUGUGUGAACCCUGGAACCGAGCGCAUCGGCCCCCACUCUUUUGAGCUCCUCCGAGUCCUGGGCAAAGGGGGCUAUGGCAAGGUAUUCCAGGUCCGGAAGACACAAGGCACCAAUGCAGGGAAGAUAUUUGCCAUGAAGGUGUUGAGGAAAGCAAAAAUUAUGCGCAACGCUAAGGACACGGCCCACACGCGGGCCGAGCGGAGCAUCCUGGAGGCCGUGAGGCACCCCUUCAUCGUGGAGCUGAUCUAUGCUUUCCAGACCAGUGGCAAGCUCUAUCUCAUUCUGGAAUGUCUCAGUGGAGGGGAGCUCUUCAUGCAGCUGGAGCGGGAGGGCAUCUUCAUGGAGGACACGGCCUGUUUCUACCUGGGGGAGAUCACGCUGGCCCUGGGCCAUCUCCACUCGCAGGGCAUCAUCUACAGGGACCUGAAGCCCGAGAACAUCAUGCUGAGCAGCCAAGGUCACAUCAAGCUGACGGACUUCGGCCUGUGUAAAGAGUCCAUCCACGAGGGCUCCGUCACUCACACGUUCUGCGGCACCAUCGAGUACAUGGCGCCCGAGAUCCUCACCCGCAGUGGCCACAACCGGGCCGUGGAUUGGUGGAGCCUGGGAUCCCUGAUGUACGACAUGCUCACAGGAAUGCCGCCCUUCACUGCAGAGAAUCGCAAGAAGACGAUCGACAAGAUCCUGAGGGCGAAGCUGGCGCUGCCCGCCUACCUCACGCCCGACGCUCGGGACCUGCUCAAGAAGUUUUUGAAGAGAAACCCCAGCCAGCGACUUGGGGGUGGACCCGGGGAUGCAGCGGAUGUCCAGAAACACCCUUUCUUCCGCCACAUCAACUGGCAAGACCUCUUGGCUCUCCAGGUAGAACCGCCGUUCCGGCCCAACCUGCAGUCGGACGAGGACGUGAGCCAGUUUGACACUCGCUUCACGAAGCAGACGCCCGUGGACAGCCCCGACGAAUCUGCGCUCGGUGAGAGCGCCAACCAGGUCUUCUUGGGCUUCACCUACGUGGCCCCCUCGGUCCUGGAGGGCAUCAAGGAAGGCUUCUCGUUCCAGCCCAAACUGCGGUCCCCUCGGCGCCUCAACAGCAGUCCCCGCACCCCCAUCAGCCCCCUGAAAUUCUCACCUUUUGAAGCGUUCCGACCCAGUCCCGGCGCCCCGGAGUCCAUGGAACUACCCCCACCCCCGGUCAGUUCAGCCCCGCUUCCCAUCCGGACUCCCGCCGGCAAGAAGUCCAAGAAGGGCCGGGGCCGCUCCGGGCGCUAGAGGGGCCGCCGCGUGUCCCAGCCACCCUCGAACUCUGAUCCCCGCCUCCCCUUGACCCCUCGAAAGGAUUUCCUGGCAUUGGCCUGGAAGUGCUGUAGGCCCCUUGGGCCAGGCUGAAUGAAGUGCCCUUGGGGGCGGGGAGGCACCUUUUGCACAGAAUCAUGGGAACGGACUGCUGCAGCCUCAGUGGGCAGCGAGUGCCCCCUCCCCCCCCCGCCCGGCUGCUGGGCUGCGGCUUUUAGCAAAUAAAUAUUGGAAUCGUG